AUGGACGCGUUCGGCACUUGGAACGGGUGUCUCCAUUGCGCACAGCUCGUCAAGGAGAUUCCGGUUCCGUACUUGAUAGGCUUCCUUGUGUCGACUUUUGCGGGGCUUGUCCUUCUUGGAUACACGUUCAUCUUCCUCCUCGCACCUGUCCCGAGACUUCCGUUUCCUGAAGAAAAGACCUACCAGACUAUAUCAGAAGAUGGUGCUGUCACCCCAUCCGCUACACUACCAUGCUGGUAUGACCGGCUCCAACCUGGACCCAGACGUAAUACACUUGAAGACGCUGAAUUGUUCAUGUCUGUGGUGGUACCCGCAUACAAUGAGGAGGAGCGUUUACCAGGAAUGCUGGAAGAAGCAGUGAACUAUCUGGAGCGCGCAUAUGGAACCUUGACACCCCAAAAAUCAAACAGCGUCAACAAACAAAAGCCGAAGCAGGACGGAGCCAAUAACGUACACAAUCGGAAAUCGAACCCAUCGGACUCCCACACGCCUUUGAAAGGCUGGGAGGUGAUAAUAGUCUCCGAUGGAUCGACUGAUAGGACUAUUGAAACCGCUCUAUCUUUUGCAAGGGACCACCAACUAUCACUUCACCCAAAGGGCCAUGCGGGACCAUGGACUCCAAAAUCGGGAAAAGGUGUACACAUCCCACCUGGGACAAUCCGAGUUGUGAAGUUGACACAGAAUCGAGGAAAGGGUGGCGCAGUCACGCAUGGAAUGAGACAUGUUAGAGGAAAAUAUGUUGUCUUUGCCGAUGCUGAUGGCGCCAGUAAUUUCGAAGAUCUCGGGAAGCUAGUUCAGGCUUGUCAAGACGCUGAAGAUUCGGAGCUGCGAGGUGUCGCUGUGGGGUCUAGAGCGCAUUUAGUAGGGAGCGAAGCUGUUGUCAAGCGCUCCAAACUUCGCAACUUCUUAAUGCAUGCCUUCCAUAUUACAAUUCGCCUUCUCACUCCUCCGCGCACAGCCCGAAUAAAAGACACUCAGUGCGGCUUUAAGCUCUUCUCCCGGGCCAGCUUGCCCUACAUAAUACCCCACAUGCACUCUGAGGGCUGGAUCUUCGAUGUGGAAAUGCUCAUGCUGGCGGAGUUUUCCAACAUCCCCGUUGCGGAGGUACCGGUAGGGUGGAGAGAAGUAAAAGGCAGCAAGUUGAACGUUGUGUGGGAUAGCCUGGGGAUGGCAUGGGGCCUGGCAAUGCUCCGAGCAGCAUGGGGUUUCGGGGUCUAUAGAAGGAAUGUAUAG